GGUUCCCAAAAACUGUUUCCGAAUUCCGCCAUGAGAAGAGCUUCUUCCUCCUCCGCACUGCUCCUCCUUCGCCGCCGCCCGCUCUCAUCUCUCAUCUCCUCCUCCGUAUCCGACGCCGCGGCCUCCCAAUUUCAUCCCCAUCUCAAACACUUAACACAAAACCCGCCCUUUUUCUCCGGCCAUGCCAAUAAACCCCGGAUGUUCAACACCCAAACCCCGCCCCAGUACUCGGAAGAUAUGUUAAAGGCCGGCAUGGAUGACCUGAACAUGGGCCUGAAACUCCACAGAGAAGGUAAACACGAAAAAGCCCUAACUUUUGCCACUAGGGCUUUGCAGUCCUUCUAUAUAGACGAAGACAGUGCGUCUUUGCCUCUUGCCUUGGCUCUGCAUUUGAUUGGUUCUGUAUCGUGUGCUCUAGAAAGGUUUGAUGAUAGCUUAGGAUACCUUAAUUGGGCCAAACUGGUGUUGGGUAAGUUAGAGAAAGGCGAGUCGUGUAGUUACGAACAUAUUAUUAGUGUUGAACAUGUUGUGGAGGAUGGCUUGUAUAUCACAAACAAAGCCAUGGGCAGGAGAGUGGAUGCUCUGGCUCAUCUCAUGAAGUCAGUGGAACUAAAAAAGAAGAUUUUUGGGGAAGGUAGCCUAGAACUUGGAUACGCUUAUAGGGAAGUUGCAAGGGCUCACUUUUGUGCUUUGAGAUUCGGCCCAACCCGCGUAACCCGAACCAACGGGUUAGCGAACCGGGUUGUUACUAAAUUGGUAUUCGCAUGCAUAAUUUUUUUUUUUUAAAAAAAAAUAACCAACUGAAUAAAUCAUAAAUUCAUCCAUGAGAGUUUAAAGCUAAACCAAAAUUUAUCGGAGUAAUAAAACAAGUCCAAAAGUCGCGGAAGCAUAAUUAAACCAAAGUAACGUCCAACAAUCCAUAUAAUCAAAUAAAAUAAUGUAGUUUAAUUACUAAAGUAAACAAGAGCCAUCCACGCCACCACCACUUCACUGCCCUCCGGGUUGCCCAUCAAAUUCCGUGUUCCUACCUGCGUGCAGUCAAACAACAACGACUACACGCUCAGCGAAACGCUGAGUGAAAAUAUACCUAAGCCAGCAUUAAACUCACAGAAUAGCACCACAUUAACAUACAAUCCACAACAGCAUGUGAUCACGGAGGAAAAAAAAUAGCUUAAAUAAACAUAUUUAUAUUAACACCUUUCAUUUGAACAUCAUGUCCUUAUUUUAUUCCACAUCAACUACUUUGAGUCAUGGCACCCCAAGCGAUGCUAUAAAAGGGCCAGCUCAGAAACCCAAAGGAGAUUCACUUUGGGCGGGUUGAAGCCCCUGUCCCUACGAUGCCAGGACAGGUCGCGGACUUCCGUACGUACGUUUUUAACCCAAGACCACCGGGGG